AUGUCUCCAUCCGUCCUCAUUGUCAGUGCUACCGGUAACACCGGCCGGAGUGUUGUCAAAGCACUGCCAAAGUUACUUCAAACCAGCAAUGGUUUGUCUCGGCACCGCAUCAUCGCUCUUACUCGUUCUUCCGAGAGCCCAGAGGCACAGCAACUUGCCAAAUUGCCCGGGGUUGAAUUGGUCGAGCAGAACUGGACAGAAAUCACUUCUGAUUGGCUCCGUGAGCACGAAGUUGUCAGAGUGUUCAUUGCAUCACAUAACGACCCUACCCAAUUCGCCGAUGAAUCUACAUUCCACAUUGCUGCCCUCAAUGCUGGCGUCAAAUACAUCGUGCGAAUCUCAACUACCGCUGCUAACGUCCGACCGGACUGCAAGGCUUACUACGCACGCACUCACUGGGCAAUUGAGGCUCUUCUUAGCUCACCGGAGUUCGCAGCUAUGCAGUGGACCUCCCUCCAGCCCAACGUCUUCACAAACUUCUACCUUUCCAAUGCCGUGGAUCUGAUCAAACAAUACCGCAAAACUGGAAAGCAAGAUAUACUCCGACUGAUGGCAUCUGAGGACUCGCCCAUUGGCGUUAUCGAUCCCGAUGACGUUGGUAAUUUCGCGGCUCAUCUUUUGUCCCUGGAUGACCCUCUUGAGCACAAUAAGGCCAAAUACAUCCUCAACGGUCCCGAGGAUAUCACCGGCAAGCAGAUCGUGGCCAUGGUCGAGCAGUAUAUUGGUACACGGGUUGAGGAAGUUAGCUACAAGGACAUGUCAUUCCUUGAGAUGCUUUAUGAAUACAAAUACGCCGCAACCUCUCAGUCGAAAAAUGUUAUUAUGUCUAUCAGACAUGCUGCAGAGACGGGUUGGGAAGGUAAAUGCUCGACUUCAACAACCAGCCCAGAAGUGCUAAAGCUUGCUGCACCAAAGGGUACAUGUGCGCACGCGUUGAGAGCCAUACUGCAGAUGGAAUGA